AUGCCCAAGGAAGCCAAACCGAAGCGCAAGGCUGCCGAGAAGCCACAAAAGGCCUCCCGCAGCAAGAAGGACCCCAACGCCCCCAAGCGCGCGCUGUCGGCUUACAUGUUCUUCAGCCAGGACUGGCGCGAGCGUAUCAAGACCGAGAACCCGGACGCCAGCUUCGGCGAGGUCGGCAAGUUGCUCGGUGCCAAAUGGAAAGAACUUGAUGAUGAAGAGAAACAACCUUACAUCGAGCAAGCCGCCAAAGACAAGACCCGCGCGGAACAGGAGAAAGAGGCUUAUGAGGGCGGUGGCAGUGGCAAGAAAUCUGCGGCUGCAAGUGGCGAGGAGGACGAUGAAGACGACGAUUAA